UAAUUUCCCUCCCAUGAGUAUGGCAUAACGCAUGGCUGAUCAUUGAUUUUCACAACUCACCAUCAAACUACUGGAGAACCUGACCAAGUGCUUCUUUAAAUGGGUGGUGUAGUCCCACAUUAUAGUAUCCUUAUGGUAUUUAAUAUUACUGUAUCGGCCCUAAACGUAUGAUCUAUCCAAGUCCAUAUCAAAAAGAAAAAAAGAAGGCAAAUUUGUAAAGAGGGAAAAAGAAAGUUCGUAAAAACUGAGACCAAACUGCUUCACUUUGGUUGUUUUGUUGGAUUUGGUAGACUUGCAAAACCAGUCAAGGCACUUUUUUUUUGGGAUUUUUUGGUCGUCACGAGAACCCCUUGCAAGUCUGCACCAUUUCUAGCCAAAUAAUCACCUCGUAUUUGAAACUCCAUAACACUGCUCACAACUUGGCUCUUAUUGGCGGUGUUGGCUUGGACAUUCACAGAAGUUGGAAAGUGUUGUCUUUCGGUUGACUCAGAACUCGUUAUUGUAUGGAGCUAGUGAGUUGAAGUUCAACAAUAGAGGCUUGAGUUGGUUGAAGCUUGAAGGUGGUGCCUUUCUUGCUUAUUGUUCCUUAAAAUUGUUUUUGAAGGUUUUGGCUUAAAUGGGUUUUGGUUUCUUGGGAUCUAUACUAAUCCUUUCACUCUUCUUCAAGCAUUUUACCUGCCAACUGCCCAAUACAGAUGAGUAUUAUGUCUCUGAUUUCUUGAAGAAGAUGAGCUCAAACUCUUCUUUAUCCUACUUCUCUGAUUCUGGUUGUUCAUGGAAAGGAGUGCACUGUGAUACCAAGAAGGAGAGUGUUCUUGGUUUAAAGGCUUCAGGUUUAGGCCUUUCUGGUUUAAUUCCUGAUACCACCAUCGGUAAGCUGACCCAGCUUCAGUCUUUGGAUCUUAGCAAUAACAAAAUCACUGCUUUGCCUUCAGACUUAUGGAGUUUAGGCUCACUUAAGAGUCUUAAUCUCUCCUCUAAUCAGAUUUCUGGGUUUCUGCCUAACAAUAUUGGCAACUUUGGUCAACUUGAAGUCAUUGAUCUUUCUGGCAAUAAUUUCACUGGGGAAAUUCCUACAGCUAUAAGCUCCCUAGCUAGUUUACGAGUGCUUAAGCUUGCUGGAAAUGGAUUUGAAUGGAGAAUUCCAACAGGGUUUCUAAGUUGCCGGUCUUUGGUUUCUCUCGACCUCUCGUUAAAUCGUCUAAAUGGUUCCUUGCCAGAUGGUUUUGGUGCAGCUUUUCCUAUGCUCAGAACUUUAAACCUUGCCAGAAAUGAAAUUAACGGCCAUGUCAUGGAUUUUGCAGAAAUGAAGUCUCUUACUAGCCUUAACAUUUCAGGGAACUUGUUUAAGGGUUCAGUUAUGAGUGUCUUUCAAGGGCAACUGGAGGUGAUUGACCUUAGCAAGAACCAGUUUCAAGGUCACAUUUCUCAGGUACAAUUCAUUUCUACUUACAAGUGGUCUCAUUUGGUUUAUCUGGACUUGUCUGAAAACCAGCUUAGUGGAGAAAUUUUCCUAAAUCUGAGUCAAGCCAGAAACCUUAAACAUCUUAGUCUUGCAUGCAAUAGAUUUGCUAGACAGAAAUUUCCCGGAAUUAAAAUGAUUUUGGGAUUAGAGCAUCUCAAUUUGUCUAAAACCAGCCUCAUCGGUCAUAUUCCUGAUGAAAUUGUACGACUGAUUAAUUUACAAGUACUUGAUGUUUCAUCAAACCAUCUCACUGGCCAUAUUCCAUCAUUGUCUCACAAAAGCCUCAAAAUACUUGAUGUUUCACAUAACAAUUUGAGUGGAGAAAUUCCCAUUUCUCUCUUAGAAAAACUCACAGGGAUGGAAAGGUACAACUUCUCUUACAACAACUUGACCCUUUGUGAUUCAGGGCUCUCCCCUGAGACCUUGGAAACAGCAUUUUAUGGCUCAUUAAACAGCUGUCCCAUAGCAGCAAAUCCAGUCUUUUUCAAAAGAAAAGCCAAUAGACAUAGGGGGUAUACACUUGCCUUAGCUUUAACCUUCUCCAUGGUGUUCUUGCUCGCUGGCUUGCUGUUCCUAGCCUUCGGUUGCAGAAGGAAGUCCAGGACAUGGGUAGUUAAGCAACCCUCAUAUAAAGAGGAACAGAAUAUUUCAGGUCCCUUUUCUUUCCAAACUGAUUCGACCACUUGGGUGGCUGAUGUUAAGCAGGCAACUUUAGUCCCUGUAGUGAUUUUUGAGAAACCACUAUUAAACAUCUCAUUUGCAGACCUUUUGUCUGCAACUUCAAAUUUUGAUCGAGACACUCUACUAGCUGAAGGAAAAUUUGGACCUGUUUAUAGAGGAUUUCUGCCUGGUGGAAUUCAUGUAGCUGUUAAAGUUUUGGUUCAUGGAUCAACGUUGACGGACCAAGAAGCUGCUAGAGAGCUUGAGUAUCUUGGUCGAAUCAAGCACCCCAAUCUUGUUCCAUUAACAGGAUAUUGCUUGGCCGGGGAUCAAAGGAUUGCUAUUUAUGAUUACAUGGAAAAUGGGAACUUGCAGAAUUUGCUACAUGACUUGCCACUUGGUGUUCAAGCAACAGAGGACUGGAGCACUGAUACCUGGGAAGAAGACAACAAUGGGAUACAAAAUGUUGGCUCUGAAGGGUUGUUAACAACAUGGGCGUUUCGACACAAAGUAGCCCUUGGCACUGCAAGAGCAUUAGCAUUUCUUCAUCAUGGCUGCUCACCUCCAAUAAUCCAUAGAGAUGUUAAAGCUAGCAGUGUUUAUCUUGACUUAAAUUUGGAGCCUAGAUUAUCCGACUUUGGAUUGGCCAAGAUUUUUGGAACUGGUCUAGAGGAUGAAAUCGCCCGUGGAUCACCUGGAUAUGUACCACCAGAAUUUUCUCAGCUCGAAUGUGAUGCCCCCACACCAAAAUCUGAUGUAUAUUGCUUUGGUGUUGUUUUGUUUGAGCUGAUCACAGGGAAAAAGCCAAUUGGAGACGAUUAUCCAGAAGAGCAAGAUGCAAAUUUAGUGAGUUGGGUAAGAGGAUUGGUGAGAAGGAAUCAAGGAUUAAAAGCUAUUGAUCCUAAAAUUCGUGAUACAGGUCCAGAUUACCAAAUGGAGGAAGCCCUCAAGAUUGGAUAUCUGUGCACUGCUGAUCUUCCUACCAAGCGACCAAGCAUGCAACAGAUUGUUGGCCUGCUCAAGGAUAUUGAACCAAGGGCUUCUCAAUGAGAAACAAUGACUAUAAGUUGCCUCUUUUUUGUUUUUUUUCCUUCUAAAUUUGUUUGUUUUUGUACCAUGAGUUUUUUACGUUAUGCCACAAUAGGAGAGGAUGUACAGUAAUUCUUAAGUUAUGUCUUGGACUAAUAUCUUUCUUCACCUUUCCAUUGUUGGCAUCAUGGUAUAAUUUAACGAGUUUGAUCCUUGAAGAUUGAAUCACUUUCCAUUGUUGGCACUCAUUUUGCUUUAUCUUCAUCCAAACAAGCAAAUUGCUUGUGAAUUUGUGUUAUAAAACCAGUAAAAGUAAUGGAGUUUCGACUGUAUGCAA